AUGUCAAAUAUCAUUUCAACUUUCCUUUCUACAUCCCAGCCAUCUCUGGAUACCCACCUUGAAAUCGAAUACACCGAGUCUGCACUGAGAUCUUGGCUUCAGGCACGGGGGACUAAAAUUCUUCCAGACUCCCUGUUUGUUGCAGUCUCCGUGCUGCUUGGAUCAGUAGACCUCCAUGACCUUAUAUCCCUCCUUGACACGAGCCUCAGAGAGGUCGCGACGCGAAAACAACUGCAGCCAGAAGAGGAGAGUGGGACAGCACUUCCUGUGCAAACUGGGCGAUGCCUGAUGGAAGAGAUGAUGUAUAGAGCACAAAUGGAAGUUUCCUUGUUCAGUACAGCUAUGGCAAACUUGUGCGAACAGCUGAACACUACAACUAAUGCAACUAAUUCACCUACAUCAUGUCUUACUCCAAAGAAGUUGUCCGUGGACGCUGUCGAUUAUGCAGGAUCAUGUCAGGAGUUCCGUUCGGCCCACUUUGACUGCUUCCCACCUACACGAUACAAAUGCAUGGCGUGGCUUUCCGCAUGCCACAAGGCGUCGGCUCUUACGUCAUCGCAUCUUCACGAUCGUGCUACUGAAGUUGGUGACAACGCCGGCCGAAUACUACUUCAUGAUUCCCCACAAUAUCUAAAAGAUUCUAGUCUCCAUAAACCCCCCUUAAAGCCCGGUGAUCGAAUUCCUUACCUACCCAUUUAUUUGAAGGCUCUUGUUGGUGAUAUGACAUAUCGUGCAUACGUGAGCGCAUCUGUUGCAGAAACCAACAAGUCACUAGCACGCACCUGCAAUAGCGACAGCUCCAAUGCAGAGUCCAAAAAGCUGGACGAACUUAAAUCUGACUUCCGUAUUAUGUACUUGAAGAAGCAACGCGCACAGGCCGAGGUGGACAUGUUUGCUGAAGCCAUAGCACGUAUUGUUGUUGGUGAGCGUGAUAAUUUUUUUGCUUCGAGUUUCCUUAAAUUAACAUGGAUGUCGCUCGCAGAAGGCACGUCUGAUGGAAGUGCCACGACAUUUGAAUCACAUCCACCUGACCACAUUAAUGAUUGGUUUGACGAUUGGAACUCGACCUCGUCUUUAUCUUCUUCCAGUGCCUCUGCACACCUGUGA